AUGAGCGAGGAAGGCCAAGGGCAGAAUAACGAUGAUUCGGCCACUAUAAACCUGAAGAGGCGUAGAAGGGUGAAGGAGAGCAAGGCAGCAUCGAAGCCACCGCAAGUAUAUCCAUUGACAAAGUGCAAGCUGAGAUACAUGAAGCUGAGCAAGAUGGCGCAUUUGUUGUCGCUUGAAGACAACAUAUUGAGUUUAUGUGAGAUGGACAAGUCUUCUGAGGGGGUAAGCGGGCAGAAGCAAAUGGUUGAGCAGUUGCGAGGAAGCCCAUUGUCUGUUGGGACACUGGAGGAGUUUGUUGAUGAUCACCAUGCGAUUAUCACCACGGGUGUUGGGCUAGAGUAUUAUGUUAAUAUAAUGUCUUUUGUGGACAAGGAUCUUCUUGAGCCAGGAUGCACGGUAUUGCUGAACCACAAGGACAACAGUGUUGUGGGUGUACUUGAGAGAGAGAUGGAUCCGAUGGUGAAUGUUAUGAAGUUGGAGAAGGCGCCAUCAGAAACAUAUGCAGAUAUCGGAGGGCUUGAGGAGCAGAUACAGGAGAUAAAAGAAAGUGUGGAGCUUCCGUUGACGAAUCCUGAGCUUUACCAGGAAAUGGGGAUACGACCGCCGAAGGGGGUGAUAUUAUAUGGGCUUCCUGGCACUGGAAAGACACUUUUGGCAAAAGCUGUUGCGAACCAGACGUCAGCGACAUUUCUUAGGGUUGUGGGGACAGAAUUGAUACAGGAGUAUCUGGGAGAAGGGCCGAAACUUGUGAGGGAGUUAUUCCGGGUUGCAGAUAUGCAUGCGCCGUCGAUUAUUUUUAUUGAUGAAAUAGAUGCGAUUGGAGGGCGACGGUACAACACAUCUUCUGGAGGUAGACGAGAGGUGCAAAGGACAAUGCUGGAGUUGCUGAACCAAUUGGACGGGUUUGACACGAGGAACGACAUUAAGGUGAUUAUGGCCACAAACAAGAUAGAUGCGCUUGACCCAGCCCUGAUCAGGCCAGGGAGAAUUGAUAGAAAGAUUGAAUUUGGAAUGCCCGAUGUAGCAACUAAGAAGAAGAUAUUUGGCAUUCACACCUCCAGGAUGACGCUAGAUGAGAAUGUGAGUAUUGAGUCUUUGAUAACUAGUAAGGAGGACUUGAGCGGGGCAGAUAUAAAGGCGAUUUGUACAGAAGCAGGAAUGAUCGCAUUAAGGGAGAGACGAAAGAUGGUGACAAUGAAAGAUUUUAUUACAGCAAGAGAGAAGGUGUUUUCAUCCAAGCAAAAGGCAACGCCUGCUGGACUCUACUCUUAA